ACCCAGAUCAGCAUCACCAGGCAGACUUCGCCGGCCCUCUUCAAUCAAGCAAGCAUUCCCCGUCUGUCGUCUCCGUCUGUCACCUCCGUCGGUCGUCUUCGUCUGACAUCUCCGUCUGUCACCAUGCUCUCCAAGCUUUCAUUUGCAGCGCUCGCGAGCGUCUUGCUCUCUCCCGUAGCGGGAGGGCCUGUCAACGCCAACGAUCACUCCCCCGCCAGCAAGAGAUCUCCACUCGGACUCAGUCUGCCUCCUUUGAUCCCCUCCAUCCCAGGCGUUACGGAACCUCUUGCUUCCAACGCGCCGCCCCUUCCUAUUCUCCAGAUCCCCACGCCUCCCAUCGAUAGCCCCCCUUUCACGGGUGCCAACAUCAAGCCCAAGAAGAUUGGGUACUUCUGGACCGGAGCAGGUGACAACAUUCACAAGGACUUCCUGGUAACUGCGAGUCUGGACGACGAUACUUUUGGGCAAAUCAUCACUGUCACGGAUGUCCCUACCAGUGGCAACUCGCCUCAUCACUUGGGAAGCUCACUCGACGGCAAGACCCUCAUCGGAGGUGGACUUCUCUCACUGUUGAAGACCCAGGAUACGGCUUUCUACUUUGACGUGUCGAACCCGUAUGCUCCCAAGUUUAAGAAGUCCAACCGUGCUCUUUUGAGCUCUAUUGUGGACGAGAUCAGAGCUAAGCCUGAGGGUGGAUUUUUUAUCACCUACAUGGGCAGCGCAGUGGGCACCUCACCUGGUCGUCUCGUCGAGACGAACGCCGAGGGAGAUAUCAUUCACGAGUGGCCUGAGGAUGUUGCUGGCACGCUGAACAUUCUCGGCGAGCAGUUCAGCCCCCACGGUCUGGCUGUUGACUUCAAUAAGGGCAUCAUCUUGACCUCUGACUUUGUUGUUCCCAUCACGAUCCUCAAGCCGACCCUGGGUAUUCAGAAGGCUAGCACCCUGAGAUUGUGGAACUUGUCUGACCGGACGAUCAUUUCGACCAUCACCAUCCCUAACGGACUCGGCAUCCAAGAUGUGAAGUUCAUCCCAGGUAACCCCGAAAGCGCUGCCAUCGCAACCGCCGUCGGCCCAGGUCAAGUCUGGAUCAUCUACCCCUUCCGCCGCGACUCGUCCGGCAAGCAGGGCGUCGCCGAGCUACUGUACGACCUCGGCUCUAAGGCGAAGGACUCCCUGGCUAUCUACUCGGACAUCAGCGACGACGGCAAGCUGGCGUACUUCACCAUCACCCUCGGCAACCACGUCGCAGCGCUCGACAUCUCGGACCUGAACAACGUCAAGAGGCUCGACGACCCGAACGAGACGCAGCCCAUCAUCGGGCCGCACUACGUCAAGAUCAGCCCCGACAAGAAGAACCUGCUGGUUACCGGAUACUUUGUCCAGGGCGGCGAUAUUUCAAUUGUCAACACCCCUGGAGACUACAAGGGCCACUGGAUUGACAUCCUUCCCAACGGAGGUCUCAGCUUCAACAGAACGAUCGAUUUCGAGAGCAUCUUCACCCGCGACCGUGGUGGUGCUCGGCCUCAUUCAUCCGUCAUUUUCGACCUUACCGAUCCCGAGAACCCCAAACAGAGCUUGGAUAAGAGCCCGGCCGUUCCGGCGGCUGUUGCCUCCACAGCUUCCCCAGGGAAGAAAUGCUCACGAAGUUCCUUAUUAUCCCGGCUUUGGGUAGUUUUUUCCUUUUUGGUCAUUGUCAACUUCAUCUUGCAGACCUACCUCUUUUUCGGCAGUUCGAAACGGCUUCCUGGCAAGCUCGACACUGCAAACGUGGAUGCAGACAAUGAUGUUUACCUUCUUGGCGCUGGUCGCGCAGACAUUACCGGUCCGGUUGUGGAAAUCAACAUGAUGGGAUAUGCAGACCCCAAACAGCUUGGAACCGGCCUUCGCCAGAGGCUCUACGCCCGGGCUUUCAUCGUCGGAAGCGUCGAUCAACCGGAUGAUCGAUUCAUCUACGUCGUUCUAGACACACAGUCCGGGGACACCGCGGUCCGGUAUGGCGUUUUGCAUGGCCUUGCAGACCUUGGCUAUGAGUAUUCCAUGUACGGCCAUCACAAUCUAGCUCUCACCGGAACACACUCCCACUCUGGACCUGGUGCUUGGCUCAACUAUCUUCUGCCACAAAUCACCAGCAAGGGCUUCGACAAGCAGAGCUAUCGUGCCAUUGUUGACGGUACUUUGCUCGCCAUCAAGCGUGCCCACGAGAGCUUGGUGCCUGGCCAUCUCACCGUUGGAACUACGAAGGUCAAGGGCGCCAACAUUAACCGAAGCUUGUAUGCGUACAUGGCAAAUCCUGAGGAGGAACGUGCCAAGUACAAUACCAGUGCCGAAGAAGACGGAUCUGUUGAGAAGGACUUGACAUUGCUGAAGUUCCAAAGAGCAUCUGACGGCAAGAGCCUUGCCGUUUUGACGUGGUUUCCUACGCACGGCACGUCGAUGCUCGGCAACAACACUCUGAUUUCGGGAGACAACAAAGGCGUGGCAGCUUGGCUCUUUGAGAAAAGUGUCCGUGGGCAAGAUCACGUAACGUCGAACUUCAUCGCCGGCUUCUCCCAGGCCAAUAUGGGGGAUGUCAGUCCAAACGUUCUCGGCGCCUGGUGCGAAGAUGGCAGCGGUUCGCAAUGCGACUUCAAGACCAGCACCUGCGGUGACGGCCGGAGCCAGAAGUGUCACGCCCGAGGCCCGUUCUUCCGAGAGAAGGAUAACGGAGCCAAGUCCUGCUACGAAAUAGGCAGAAGACAAUUCGAUGCCGCCAGGAGACUGUAUGACGAAAUGGGUGACAAUGCUCAGCGAGUACGCGGAUCGUGGGUCAAAUCGUUCCACACUUUCCACAAUAUGUCCGAGUUCCAGUUCGAGCUCCCCAAUGGCACCGAGGUGCGGACUUGUCCUGCGGCACUUGGAUACUCAUUCGCGGCCGGAACCUCUGACGGGCCUGGCGCGUUCGACUUUACCCAGCACGAUUCGAACUCUUCAAACACAUCCCCAUUGUGGAAGGUCGUUUCUGGCUUGCUGAAAGCCCCGACCCAAGAUCAACUUGCUUGUCAUUCUCCUAAGCCAAUCCUGCUGGACGUGGGCGAGGUUUUUAACCCGUACCAGUGGACACCCAACAUUGUUGAUAUCCAAGCUUUCCGAGUCGGCCAGUUGGUCAUCAUUGUCAGUCCAGGCGAGGCAUCAACCAUGGCGGGACGUCGUUGGAAAGAUGCCGUCAGGGCUGAGGCCGAAUCAUUGUUCAGUGACGAAACAGCAGUCAAACCUAUUGUGGUAAUCGGUGGACCGGCGAACAGCUAUACCCACUACAUCACAACUCAACAGGAAUAUGGCAUUCAAAGAUACGAAGGUGCAUCAACGUUGUAUGGACCUUAUACGUUGGACGCGUACAUCAAUCGCACUCUGACGUACCUGCCCACGCUGGGCGCCUCGUCUGCAAAGGCUCCGCCGUCGCACGCCGGGCGCCCAUACCCUCCGGACAAUAGCGACCGUUCCUUGAGCUUCAUUACUGGUGUUGUCCGCGACGGCACACCAGUCUUCCGCAGUUUCGGUGACGUGAAGAAGGACGUGGAACAGAAGUAUUCGAUUGGCGAUGUGGUGCGUGCCACAUUUGUCGGAGCCAAUCCCCGGAACAACCUGCGUCUUGAAGGAACCUACGCUGCUGUCGAGCGUCUCGUCAUCGAUGUUGGCGGCAUUAAGAAAUGGGACACUGUACGAGACGACCAGGACUGGAGUCUGAUAUUCCACUGGAAGCGAACGAGUGAUCUCCUGGCUACCAGCGAGGUGGAGAUUACGUGGGAGACGGAGGAGGAUGUGGAAGCAGGGACAUAUCGCUUCCGGUAUUAUGGCGACUCCAAGUCGUUGGGCGGCACAAUCACCAGCUUCGAAGGGGUUAGCGGGCAAUUUGAACUGCAUUGA